CAUCACUUGAAGGAGUCUGUGGUAAGGCUGUGACCAUGAGCUAGUAUGUUUUGUCAUCACUAUCUUGAAUUUCCAUAAGUAAAAAUGGGUGAUCGUUACAACAUUCAUUCUCAACUGGAACAUUUGCAGUCAAAAUAUAUUGGCACAGGUCAUGCAGACACAGCACAGUUUGAAUGGUGUGUCAAUCAACAGCGUGACACUUACGCUUCUUAUAUGGGUCACUUUGACAUGUUGAACAUGAUUGCAAUUGGAGAAAAUGAAACAAAAGCCCGUGUUCGUUUUAACAUGAUGGAGAAAAUGGUUCAACCCUGUGGACCACCACCUGAAAAGAAUGAAGAUUAGGUAUCUUUAUUAGUAUUGUUUACAUUUGUGAAUGUAGAAUGAUAGAUUACUGUUUAACUAAUAUGAUGGACCAUUUUCUUAUGUUUUUCCUAAUAAUUAGAUGAAUUACAAAUAAAUUUUUGCACAUUAAUCA